UUCCGGAGGCAGUUGCUAGGAAGACCCACCUCUUCCCCCGAAGCCGCACAUCUUCUGUCACGUGAUCACCAAAGGGGCGGGCACGCGCGGUUAGUUCUGCCAUGUUACGUGGGAACGGCGGUGUGCGGGGCCGCCAUUUUGCACCGAAGGGCUGUGCGUUGUACUUCUUAAGCUGCCUUUCCUAUCCCCGCAGUGUCGCGGAUCCUGUAGGCCUCAGAUCUCGGAGCCUUCUCCCACUCGUAGACCCUUCCUGUUGCUGAUUCUAGGAUUUUAUCCACAACUGGGCCAUAUUCCUUUCCUGGUGUCCUUUCUGACCUCUUGACCUGUGGCUCGAAGGUCAGCUCCCGGGUUCUUUAACCCGGCCUGGGAUGUGAGGGGGGACGGAAUCUAAAUUUUUUCCAUCUGUAGCUCUAGGCCUCAGUCUCGCUCUCUAGGCGUUUCACUACAGAUCGGAGCCUUCAUGUCCCAAAAUUGACCCGGGGAGUUUAGAAAUUCAGGCCCGGAGAAUGAGACAAGCCCUACAAAAUUUCGCUUUCUAAGGCUCCAGCCUCAACCCAGCCCACCGCAGCCCCUCCCCACACCACAGAUCAGCUUCUGGAUUUAACCACCCUGCUAACCCUCAAGAUUUCUUUUUUGUUGUUGUUUUUUUCCGGUACCGGGAAUCGAACUCACGACCUUGCGCUUGCCAGGCAGGCACCGUGCCGCUGAGCUAAAUCCCCAGCCCACCCCUCAGAUUUCUUGUGAGCUGAAUCAACCCCAGUUCCUGGCCCUGUGGUUUCAGAUUGUAGCUCUGAUUCUUUCACAGCGGCUGCUCAGCUCCCAAAUUGUGGAACUCGGUUCUAAAAUCUCUAUCCCUGAGACAAAACCUUUUGGGAAAUCCUGCCCUCUCGUGUUCUUAACCCCUGAACUCCUUUUGAAGACCCCAAAAUGACUUCAUGCUCUUCUGCCCUAGAAUCCUCAGACCCUCCUUCCAGAAUCCCUGCACCCCACCCCCUCAUUCCACCUCCUCCCCUACUCCCAAGUCCCUUGGACUUACCUUUUGCGCUAACUCCCUGCAGUUUUCAAGCCCCUGUCCCCCCACCACCCCCACUGCCUCCACCCCCUGCCGUGGGGGCUGCUCCCCCUCAUGUCUACGGCCUGGAGAAGAGCGGGCUCCUGAAGGAGGCCUUUGAGAAGGUGGGUCCAAACCCCAAGGGCCGAGAAGAUGUGAAGAGGCUCCUGAAGCUGCACAAGGACCGGUUCCGAAGUGAUUUGCAGUGGAUCCUCUUCUGUGCCGACCUGCCGUCACUCAUCCAAGAAGGCCCUCAGUGUGGCCUGGUGGCCUUGUGGAUGGCAGGCACUCUCCUGGCUCCGCCCAGUGGCAUCCCCCUGGAGAGAAUCGUGCAGGUGGCCGUGGACAGAGGCUAUACGGCGCAAGGAGAAAUGUUCUCUGUGGCCGACAUGGGCAGGCUGGCCCAGGAGACGCUGGGCUGUCAGGCUGAGCUGCUCCGCAGUGGCCUGGGCGGUCCCAACAGAGACCUGGUCCUGCAGCACCUCAUCGCUGGGCAUCCCCUGCUCAUCCCUUAUGAUGAAGACUUCAACCACGAGCCAUGUAAGAGGAAGGGCCACAAGGCCCACUGGGCAGUCAGCGCAGGUGUUCUGCUGGGCGUGCAGGCCGUGCCGUGCCUUGGCUACGCUGAGGACCCGGAGCUGCCCGGUCUCUUCCACCCAGCGCCCAGCACACCAUGCCAGCCACCGCUCUUGCCCGAGGAAAGCUCCUCGGGAGCCGUCUUCCUUCUCUGCAAGCAGGGAAAGAGCUGGCACUUCCAGCUGUGGGACUAUAACCAAGUCCGGGACAGCAACCUGCAGCUGACAGACUUCUCGCCCUCUAGGGCCGCCGAUGGGCGGGUGUACGUGGUGCCCCCCGGGGGGGUGCGGGCUGGCCUCUGUGGCCAAGUUCUGCUCCUCAGACCACAGGAGUCGAGCCACUAGCUAGGGCUGGGGCACCUGCCCACAGCUUGGCUUUGUCACCUUUUAAAGAGUGUCCCGGCUUUUCACCCUGUGCAACAGUUACGGGUUUGGGCGGGAUCUCUGUGGGUCCCCCACACAUCCCACCUCCACCCCGGCAUCUGCCCAAGCCACCUCCUCCAGAAUCGCUACUGACAAAGCCCUCUAUCGGUGAGAUGCUGGUGGCAAGCAGAUCCCAUGUUCUGUCCACCUCUUUCUGGAGCCCACCUCUAAGCCACUGUCACCUCACUAGACAUCUGCAGGGGCCGUCUGGACCUUCUGCUGCGCCCCGCCCUCCAGGAUACUGUUCUGCUCCCAGGACAUAGACUACGCCCGCUCUUCCUGGACUUCCCUCUCCUUGGCCCAGGUUCUUCCUCACCCACUGCCUGCCCCGCCAUACUUUCCUCUCAGGUCCCCACAGUGCCAGACUGCCCCAGCCCCGUGCUAAAGAUCACUCCUCAGCUUCUCCGUGCCGACUCAGGUAUCACUUCCUCAGGGAAGAGACCUUCGGCCCAGGCUGCUACCGCCCCUUUCUAUUUUUGCUUGUGUGAUAAUGUGACACUGAACUGUCAGGGGUUUUAAAGCCCAUCCAAGAGCAGUUAUAUGUGCACCCUGCUUUCCAGUGUUAAUUCAUCAACAACUCCACCCUGUCAGGAGGUGCUGGACUCCCGUCCUUAGAACAUUUUCUGUUGCGCAAAAUCCCUGCGACCUCUCAGGUCAGAGCAUGGGGCACGGGGCUGGCUUUCCUCUUGGGUCAGCAAGCGCGCUAGCUUGGGUCUCUCUUCCUCUUAGAGAGCCGCCGCUGCCGUAGGGGAGUCCCACCCCAGUGACCUCAUCUAACCUUCCUACCUUCAAAGGCCCCACUUGGAGAUACCACUGACACAUGAAUUGGGGGGCUCACGUUUCCAGCAGGUGAACUUUUGGGGGGUGGGCGUCACAGCCUAGCACCCCUCCCCCAUUUGACAGAUGACUAGGCUGAGACCUGGAGAAGUCGGGUUACUGCUCUGAAGUCACGGGGCCAGGAUUCAGAACAAGCAGCCUCUGGCCACCAGCGGGUCUACCUUGAGGACCCCUGAACCUCAUUACUGAGCUCACCACCAACUGUUCUUCCCAUCUGUCUGUACAAACAGGCACAGCUACAUGGUGAACGUUGUGAUCCUCACGUGAAAGUAGCAGUCACCUCCACUUUGAAAGGAAAUGUAGGGGCUGGGGAUUUAGCUCCGCGCCACAGCACCUGCCUGGCAAGCGCAAGGUUGUGAGUUUGAUUCUCGGUAACAGGGGGAAAAAAAAAGGAAAUGUAUCUGUCUUGGUCACUGCAGUGUCGCCAGUGCCCAGCAGAGGGUCUCAUUUAAGCAAACUGUGCAGCAAAGCUCUUGUAACCAAUAAAGAAGAGGUAUGACCCCA